CACGACAGUAGUAAAUACUCUGAGUCCUAUUUUCCGUUGCAUCUAUUCACAAAGCAAAACUACCUAGACAAUAUUACAUCCAACCAUGGCAUCCUCUAGCAGCCGGUUGAAUCUCUGCCACCAGUCCUCCUUCAGUGCUGAAAACACGCUGGUGACGAUCGUCCCCUCCUUUGGAUACUCUGGAUCCUUCCCGCUGUUGAGCUGCACACAAUCCGUCAACGUUGGCCCCUUCACGGCCGGAAUGCCCUCCGAUGUUCCGCUGUGGGUUGCCAAGGCACUCUACCGACGCAACUUUUGCCAGAUCGAGCUCCCGGAGUGGCUCUCGGCCCCCUUUCUGACGAGCAUCCUCAAGGAGGAGCGGGAAUCGGUCCUCCUCAGCACRCGCCUGCCCUUUCACUACUACGAGAUCGCCCGGGCCCUCGAUUGCUGCCUCACCGACAGCAAGAACCCCUCCGGCAAGGCCACAAAGGUCGUCCUGCAGGACCUGGUUGCGGUUCGGUCCGACAAGCUCCGGAUGCACUUCCACGAGCUCUCCCGGAGCGAUCUGGUCCAUCCCCCGGCCGGGUACGACCGGGUCGACGAGAACGGGAAUUACACGCAGGACUCGCUCGGCAAGGGAUYGCCGGCGCCGGAACUGCCCAUCAUUUCCGUCACGGGGAUUUGCAGCUACGAGCUCAACAAGGUGGGGCCUUUUUUGCAGCGGGCCUUUUCGGACUACGGGUUUCUGACCCGCAGGCCCCAGGCCGCGGCGGGAGGCGGCGGAACGAGCGAGCCAACCAAGGGCCCGGCAUCGUCGUCGUCGUCGUCGGCACAUUCCUCGGAAUACGACAAGGAUGGCAGCGGGCUUCUGGAGGGCGACGCGGGCAACGGGGGAAUGGAUGCCACGAGCCGCAGGGUGUCCGUGGCACGGUCGCGCCUCCGUCGGUUCCGGGAUUGAGCCGAUGGAAAACGACCAAUCCUGGAUCGCCAGAAAGGSUGUGUGUAUAGUGAUAGCAUUUA